GAGCGGGAUUCGGUGAGCCAUGUGUUCGGAACGCCGAGCCGGUUAACAGUGAAGUUCAGAAUCGCGAAAAAAAACGCAGGAUUCGAUCCGAGACGAUUCUGAACUGCGUGCUCCAGAGCGAGAUAACAGAGUCCGGAAGCUUCUGACUUCUCCGUUGAACGUUUCUCGGAAGUGAAGUUUCGCCAGCUGACGUAGAACGUGACACGUUUUCAAGUUUUUAAUUCUAAAUCAUAGGGAAUUCCGAGUAUCUGCCAGCUCCGACUGAGCACUUCUCGGCCGAGCGUUUCGAACGAGUGGACUCGCCUUGUGACGUCAUCGGAGUCGGCUGACAAUACCAAACCCGUCGACGGUCUCACGAAUAAUAAUCCGUUGCCGUGUGUCAAUUCAAGGAGCGUUGAGCUAGUCCUUUGGUCGCUUCGACGGCCGCGAGAACAACGGAGCGAUGGUGCGCGUAGCGGUGCUCGGUUGCGGCGUGUUGGGCUCGAAAAUAGUCGGCGACUUGGCCUAUCACGGCCACGAAGUCCGGGCGUUCGAUAGCAAUCCCGAAGCUCUGGAUAAGUUACUGCUGCGACUUGCGGAAGACACGAAAAUCUUACGAAAAGACGGCCUGCUCAACCAGCCGAACUUCGUCGGCAACGUACUGUGCAUGUCGCGACUGGAGGAAGCGGUUCGCUCGGCCGACUUUGUUUUCGAGGCAAUCGUCGAGGAUCUCUCGAGCAAAAGUGAACUUUUGACCCAAGUUUCCCACCUGUGCCCAACUACCACAAUCAUCGGUUCCAGUUCGAUGCAUCUAAACAUAGACUCGAUAUUCGAACGGGCUGCCGGUAAGGAGCGCUGCAUCGGAGUGCGUUUCCUGUUUCCAGUCUUCACCGUUUCCGAGGUGGAGAUCCAGUUGGCUGUGGAAACUUCAAUGGACACGCUCACCCGGACGCGGGAAUUUCUCGAGCGCAUGGGCAAGACUGCAUUUCUCCGCGCGGGAAACCUCCCGCUUGUGCUGAGCGAGGCUCAAAGAGAGUACCGUUGGGUGACGAGAGUGCACAUCUUCCAACAAACCGCCCGUCGCCGACCUCCCUUAUUGGUACCGGACCUCACUCAUCACGAGAACCUCGAGCGGGUGCUCAAUUCCGAAUUGAUGGAUGGCCUAUCCCGAGAGAAAGACUGCGUGGUGUGCAUGGACGAGGAGCGGAACUGCGUACUGCACCCGUGUCAUCAUCUCUGCCUGUGUGCUACCUGCGGCAAAAUGCUCCUCAAACGCCAGGAUGCGUGUCCGAUUUGCCGUAAGAAAAUCUCGUCGAUUUUCCGGAUAUUUUAUGCUUGAAGAGCCGUCCGCUUUUUUAAUAUCCGGGCUCGCAUCCGAGGCAAACUCCAAGAAGAUCUCAGCCCUCGCUGCGUAGAAAGUGAUCUCAACCGGAAUGGAGGAGAGGAAAAGAUGACUGAUGACCACGGUCUAGCUUCGGGAAACGUCAUGAUUCCGGUGACGUCCGAAAACGUGAGAUCAUCGCAAACCCCAUCGACAGAGCUUAUAAAUUGUGGUAGAUGGUAGAUGUUGAUGUUCACCUUAUUGAACUGAGCUGCUCGACGAAAGUCUACAUAUUAAGUUUAUAAAAAAAGAUUUUAACCAAAUUGAAUAAAUGAAAACGAGGACUCGAAUCGCACCAA